CAUAACUUCAGUUUAAAGAUCAAAUUAGCUUCAUUGAAGAAAAGAUGUAAUAUAUCGCUGCUAUUAUCGAUUUUUAUAAAAUUCAUAGAUUUUACAUGUAUUUCUCGAAGCGUACGUCCAAGCCAAUGAACGCGAGUUUAUUUCUUGUUAUCAACAGUGGUGUUAUCUAUCUACAAGGGCACAACGUUUCAUAAUUUCAUUUUAUUAAGCGACGUGUUUGAUAGUGCUUCGUAUGCCGUGCUUCCAUUACUUGGACGAGAAUGGCAGGCGCUUAUGAUGCUAGAUAUGAUAGGGAGCACCCGAGGAAUCUUAUUCCGGAGCUGUGCAGGCAGUUUUACCACCUUGGAUGGGUAACUGGUACAGGUGGUGGUAUAUCAAUAAAACAUGAAGACAAGAUCUACAUAGCACCUUCUGGGGUACAGAAGGAGCGCAUGAUGCCUGACGAUCUUUUCGUGCUGGACGCCUUUGGCAACGACCUGGAGCUACCCGCACCAGAAAGGAACCUGAAGAAGUCGCAGUGCCUUCCGCUGUUCAUGUGCGCCUAUAUCAACAGAAUGGCAGGUGCCGUGAUUCACACGCAUUCGAAAGCCGCCGUUAUGGCAACGUUACUGUGGCCUGAAAAGAAGGUCACGCUCACGCAUCUUGAAAUGAUUAAAGGUAUAUGGAAUAACGAGAAGAACAGAUCGUAUCGUUACGAUGAGGACCUAGUGAUACCGAUCAUAGAAAACACUCCCUUCGAGGAAGACCUGACGGAUUCCCUGCAGCAAGCUCUCCUGCAGUAUCCCGCGACUCAAGCGGUACUCGUACGCAGACACGGGAUCUACGUGUGGGGCAAAUCUUGGCAGCAGGCAAAGGCGAUGACGGAAUGUUACGAUUACCUACUCGAUAUUGGAGUUCAGAUGAAACAGUUCGGAAUAGAUCCGAUAUUAACUCCGAGAGAGUAUGAACUGGAGUAUCAGAAUAGCUCGAAGAUGAGCGAGAGCGAAUAAUUUUUACAAAAUUCAUAUUUCCUCGUGCCAUGCCAAAAUUGUACAUUUUUUAUUAUAUACCGUAGGAUAAAAAUAGGACAUAAAUAAAAUGUAUGGAACGUCCCAUAUACAAAAAUCCAAAUAAAUUGCGAGAUUG